AUGAAGAACCGGUACUUGAACUUCGCGCCGGGACAGCACUUCGCCAGCGGAGAAAAGAUGACGCUGUACGACUUCAUUCAGCGCCAUCAGAAGAUGGACAAGCGGGAGGUGAAGGCGGAGGGCGUGGACAAAGAUGGCAACCCCGUAACAUUCAGCUACACGCUGCACGAGAGGGCCAUUGAAGGGCAGGAGACGGACGGCGAUGUCACUGCCUGUUUCGAGCUGUCGCUGAAGUUCGUGCGGGCUGUGGACGUGGAGCUGGAGUGGCGGAUGAGGGACCUGCAGCAGCUGGAAGGGUCGAAGCUCUUUCGGAUUCGACUAUGUCAAAGCGCAGAGCGAGAUCUGGUUGUUCACAUCGACGAUGUUUUCCCAACACAACAAUGA